AUAAUAGAACUGCGAACAAGGCUUAUACAACUCGCUAGCUGAAGCGCUUAACAAGACUGCUAACUCCAAGAAUUCCAUUCGGCUUAUUAAGAAAGUCUCUGCUUCUUCAUAUUAGGGGUUUGGCGGUCCUGUCUCUUGACGAACACGCAAUAGCUUGGAUUAUCUGCCACCGGUGCGAGAGCGCACGCGAAGAAGCGGCCGACGUGGUGGGGCCACUCCACGUUCCGCGUCGGCGGCAGCCCCGUUGACAGGCUAAAGAGCAUCGGAACGCACCUGCAAUUCCAGCUAUGAAGUCGGACAUCACCGGCAGCCCAAGCGAGGGCGUGGGCCCUCGCUACACACACGAUGGCAUGAGUGCCGAGCACGACCUCGCUUCCGACGACGAGCCUGAGACGGAGAUGGAGGCUCUACAGCACCUGGCACCAGAGGACCGCCGCAAGGCCCUUCGGCGACUCCGCAAUCGCGAGUCUGCACGCCGAGUGCGCGCCAGGCGCUUACAAGAGAUGUCGCAGAUGGAGACCACGGUGCAGGGCAUGCAGGAUGAGAAUACGAGUUUGAAGGAACACGUGGCUAAGCUGCAGGGGCACAUACAGCAGAUGACUAUGAAGGUGUACGAGGUGACGGCUAAGUAUGAGGCCGCAGUGGCCGAAAAUGCUCAGCUACGUGUGGAGCUGCAGCGCUCGCGGCCGGCAUCCAUCCCAGGCGAAGGCGGCUUCACGUUGCCCACCGCUUCGCUGAUGGCGGCCCAGCCGCCGCUGCUACCCAGCGCACUGCUCGCCGCCGCGGCCUCGCAGGGCCCCAACUCAGCGCCCCCCUUGUGCCAGCCGGCUGCGCAGCAGCAGCAAAACCAGCAAUCGCAGAUGGAGAAGAUCUCGGUGCAGGUGGGCGGCGACGGCGGUGCAGCCAACACCACGGCGGCCACGGCGCCCGGCUGCCUGUCCUCGCUGGCGCUGGGCAGCCACGCGCAGCUGCGCAACAGCAAUGCCAUGGACCUGGUGCAGCAGCGCGCGGCGCUGGACGAGGUGGUGAUGCUGCUGCACGAGCACAAGCACCGCCGCAACCAGCAGGGCCCGGACCGCUCGGCGGGCUCGGAGAUUGCCUCCAGCGGAGCCGGCAACGCGGUGGCCGGCGCGGUGCACGUGGCGCCGCACGCCAACAGCUUCAGCACCGGCGUGAACAACAACAACCUUAACCGCAGCACCGGCGUACACCUGCACAUCCGCACCAGCAGCAUCCUGAAUGACGGCAGCGCGGUGGUCCGCUCUGGGUCCGGUGGGUAUGUUGCGAUGGCGGCGCCCAACGCGGCAAGCCCCGCGCUCGACAUGUCAGGCGCUGCGGGGGCCGGCCUCCUGCCUGCCUACGGCAGCGGCCUUGCAGCAAACACGCCCAGCAUCAACAACGCCGGCGGCCCAGGCCCCGUGCCGCUCAGCUUCCUGACCGCUAGCGGCAGCGCCAACAGCGGCGCGACAGGCGUCGGCGCGGCAGGCGCAGCUGCGGGCGUGGGACUGGGCGGCCAUCGGGCGUCGUCCCCCAUGGACAUGAUUACAGCGGCAUCUGUGGCGGCGGCCUCGGCAGGCGUCGUGGCGGCGGGCGGUCUGGGUGACGGCAGCGGGGGGCGGCCGUCUCGCUCAGACGGGAUGGUGAACAUGCUGCAGAUGACGCCGCAGCAGGUCACCCAGCAGCAGCUGAUGGCGCAGAUGCAGCAACAGCAGUCGCAGCAGAUGGCAGCGGCGGCGGCGACAAGCGGCAGCGGCGGCCUGGGCCACCUGGCCGUCUCCUACAGCAUGGAUACCGCUUUUAUGACGUCCCAGCAGCAGCAGCAGCAGCAGCAGCAGCAGCGCCUGCAGCAGCAGGCCCAACAGCUGCAGGCCCAACAACAGCAGCAGCAGGCCCAGGGCCCAUCGUCCGGCAUUGAGCUGUCUGCUGGGCUGUCGCAGAUGCAGCAGCCGCAGCAGCAGCAGGCGCUGACGGGCGGCAGCCACUCGCAGCCGCUGCUGCAGCACCACCUGGUGGCGCACCACCAGCAGUUCUCGCUCUCGGGGCAGCAGCGGGGCAUGGUGCUGGACGGCGUAAGCAACCAGCUGCACAUGGCGGGCCAGUCGCAGCCGCUGCUGCAGCUGUACCAGCACCACAACACCGCCGCCGCGGAUUUUGGCAAGAUGUCGGCGCCCUUCCGCUCCAAUGCCGCCGGCAACGAGGGCGGCUUCGGCGGAGACGGCGCGCUGCCCACCAUCCCGUCCAGCGGCACGCUGACGUCCAACGGGCAGCUGUCCUAUCUCGAGCGCGGCGUGUUGGGCGGCGGAAGCAUGUACCUUGGCGGCACCGGCGGUACCGGCGCGGGCAUGGCCGGCUCGCAGCAGGUGACGUUCCACAGCGCCUCGUUCGCCAUGGAGCGCAGGAACGGAGGCACCGGCUUGACCGGCCUGCCGCAGCCGCAACCCCAGCAGCAGCAGCAGCAGCAACAGCCGUUCUUGUCGCUGGCAAGCGGGCUGCGCGGCGGCGCGGGCGGCAUGAACCCUAGCUUCCUGCAGCUGCAGGAGCAGCAGGCGAUGAUGCAGCAGCACGGCCUGGGCGUGGAGGGCUGGCACCUGAACGCGAUGGCGGCCGGCGUGGCUGCGCUGAAGCCCGAGGACAUCAGCGAGGACAUGAUGAUGACGCUGGACGAGCUGUCGCCGUUCGUGCCGCAAGACCUGUAGGGGCUAGGCUGGCUGCUGCGCCGGUUUGGUCUGUGCCGGCGCGGGCUGCAGCGAACGCAUGGGGCUCGACACGUCAUCGGAGUCGGCUGCCGGAGGUGGAGGAAGAAGGCCUGUCUGCAAGGCGGGAGCAGGUGUGCGUGCGCUCUCGCGGGGCGCCGGUCAUUGCCAGGCGAGGCGAGGCGGGCGCGUGGCACCUACGGCCAACCGGAGAUCAGGGAGCGAGAGAUGUGAUCCGCGCAAGGCGCAGUGCAUGUGAAUGGUAAUGCUGUGGUGCAAGGGUGCAACGACACCAACAGCCGCUCUAGGAGGUUGUCUGGGUGCGUGAGCACAUUCCGCAAUCGGUUACGCAGCUGUGUUGCUGCAAGAAGAGUCCCAGCAUGCGGCUACUGGCUGCAACGGGAGCGAGCCUCAUGAACUUGGCUGCCUCUCCUGACGCUGAUGCUUGCCAUUAACCCAUGGCUUGCUGAGAACAAUAACGCUGCCGUUGACUUGGCACGACUCAAGGGUGCGCCGGCAACACAGGGGUGUGGUCAGUUAUCUACGUGGCGUCGGCGUUCCAGGUGGGAUGGCGCCGUUCGUCUGUGCCGCUCUGGCACAACUGCAUGCAGCAGGGAUGUGGGUAGCGCGGCUGCCAUGCGGGCGCAUAAGUAGGCCUUGAUGGCUGAUCGGUCCUUCAUGCUGCGUGGUGCUGUGGAACGAAAGCGAUUGUUGAGUCUGGAUGCCUUCAUGUUCGCUUUCUUGGAGCCUCCCUCGAGCCUCUACGAGUCUGGCAAAUGCUAUGACGGUACGGUCUUUCAAAACAUUUUGUGGUUGGUUAUCUGCGAGGUCGCGCCCGUCUAUUUGAUGGCUGCUAUGGCGGCCAAGAGCUGUGGAGUCCCGCCACGGGACUUCGAGUGAGGCAUACACUCAAUUGCAGGGUGCGUCGUGCUAGUUCGUUUGGGAACUCGUCAUGUGAAUGAGAUGGAUUAAUCACGGAUGGAUGUCGGGGGCAGGGUGCUGCCGUGAUCAAGGUGCUGGACACCACGGCAGCCACCUGUGUACCCCUGGGUCGUACCAUCUUAUUCAUCCAGGGACACAUCAGGUUAACACGGCACAGACAGAUGGUUGUGCUACUGCUUUGAAAUGCUAAGGACUGUUUUGCAUGGUACCUACCAUGGCCGCACAAUAAUUAAUAAUUGGCCGCAAAGACGUGCCAAAGGUUUGUGGCUUUACAUUCUCCAUAAUUACUCUGGUCGCUUGGUUCUUAGUUCCCGGCGUUGAGGUUGUUCUGUUUACGCUUGCGCAUGGGCAGACCGGGGACAGCUUUUUCUGCCCCAUUGCUACAAUAAAGAAACAGUUUGCUCCGUGCUCACGGCACACGGGCUAGCUAGAACCCGUCAAUCAGACUCCUCUGUGCCCCCGGUGCGGCGGGUCACGCCCACAUGGGGCGCUUGACCUCCUUGCGACCGGGGACGGGCUACUGUGCUCGACUUCAUUACGUGGUAGCGGAGCGGCAAUAACGGCGCGCGUGCCGCGCGAUUACGCCAAAGCGUUCUCCGGUCGGACACGGUUUUUAUUACGUGUGGCAUGUGGUCCAGGGCGAGAGCAGUGGACAAGUCCAUGUUCAGGGCUGAGAUGUUGGCCCAUACGGCAUCUUUUGUCCACACAUGCACACACACGCACGUGCUGUGUUUGAAGCACGGAUUAAUAAGGAAGGGCCGCCCGGCACAAGAAAUGGCAUGGAGGAUUAUCACGUCCUGAGGACACGCUUGAACCAAUUUUAUAAGAAACCUUUCUCUCGGUGGGGUGGCGUUGGGAACGGGGCAAACACACGGUUUUGGAGAGCAGGAUGGGGAAUGCGAAGCAGGCAAAUCGGGCCUUGUGUCGCACCAUUACUGCGUACUCCAUAGCAUGUCACCGUUGUUUCGCAUUUCUACAUAGUAUAUGUGCGGUUAACGGAUGCAGUAGUCUGCGGGGGAACGUAACGGCGAAGGAAGGCUGAAAGGAUGGCGGGGACGCGCAACACACGAGGUCGUGUUGUGUAUGUGCUUGCUGGCGCGAGGCCAAUGGUUGUGGAAGGCAGUUGCGGUAUGUCAGCAAGGACGGGAGGUUGACUGGGGGUGCGGGCCAGUAGCGCAUCUUACUGGUCGGGCACUGCGGUGUGUCGUGGAGAAAGGGCAUGGGGAGUACGGUAGUGCUGCCACGCAGGGAAUAUUGCGAUGGACAGGUGAGGAAAAAACGAUUUGGAGAGGACGCCAACCGGCGACGCCUUUGCGAUUAGCUGAACCAGGAAGUUGCGAGUGGGGUGUGUGUGCGUCUGUUUUGAUUCAAUUUUAUCGGAUGGCGGGAGCUUUCAGGGCACUGAUGGUGGUAGCCGUGCAGCGACAGCGAGUGGGCAUGGCCACGUGAGAUGCAUAACGGGAGAGGCUCCCCGUACAACAAACUCAGAAAAGCUUACAAGCAUGCGUGCUGGACACGCUUAACUGUGGCAGGGUGCGCAGAAUUUCGUUACUGCUACAGUGCUUUCAGUGCUGAUGCUAGGAUGCACGAGGCUGGUGGCAAACGGUGAUCCCCCAAACUCGGUGCGGGUGGAUGAAGGUGUACUGAAAUGGGUGUAAGGUUAUUUCACU